UCUCUCCCUCUCUCUCUCGGCUCUGUUAGGUCCACAAUGGUACAGCCAGCAUCUUGCAGCACAAUGGUUGCAAGGUGGUGAGCUGGGGGGAGAGUGAUUCAGCAUCAGCAAACCUCGGUUCCGGCCACCACCGCUUUUUUUUUUGUUAUUUUCAUUUCCCUCCUCAUCGUUGCUUUUUGCCUCCUCCACCUUUUCCUCCGGGGGUGUUUCCGAUCUGAUGCCCGGCCAUGGUCACCGCAGCGCUUCGCGUCGGGAUGUUUUGAACGGGACUGCCACCGGACUGGGCUCGUCAUCAGCUGGCACGGAAUGGUAUUUAUGAGCAGACAUUUCUUAUAUAACUGCAGCCAACCGAUCCUGGAUGUGAAGAUAGCCUUUUGUCAGGUGUGUGUUCCUUACAGGUAAAAAAGGGUUUUGGAAAACAAGUGGAUGUGUCAUAUAUUGCCAAACAUUACAACAUGAGUAAAAGCAAAGUGGACAACCAGUUCUACAGCGUGGAAGUGGGAGACUCCACCUUCACAGUCUUAAAACGUUACCAGAAUCUAAAGCCCAUUGGCUCCGGAGCUCAGGGAAUUGUCUGUGCGGGCUAUGACGCCGUCCUGGACAGAAACGUGGCCAUCAAGAAGCUGAGCCGGCCCUUCCAGAACCAGACCCACGCCAAGAGGGCGUACCGGGAGCUGGUGCUCAUGAAAUGUGUCAAUCACAAAAAUAUUAUCAGUUUAUUAAAUGUCUUCACACCACAGAAAUCGUUAGAAGAAUUCCAGGACGUGUACCUAGUGAUGGAGCUGAUGGACGCCAACUUGUGCCAGGUGAUUCAGAUGGAGCUGGACCACGAGAGGAUGUCCUACCUGCUCUACCAGAUGCUGUGUGGGAUCAAGCACCUGCACUCGGCCGGCAUCAUUCACAGGGACCUCAAACCAAGCAAUAUAGUGGUGAAGUCCGACUGCACCCUGAAGAUCCUGGACUUCGGCCUGGCCCGGACCGCGGGCACGAGCUUCAUGAUGACCCCGUAUGUGGUGACUAGAUACUACAGAGCACCGGAGGUCAUCCUGGGCAUGGGAUACAAGGAGAAUGUGGAUAUAUGGUCGGUCGGGUGCAUUAUGGGGGAAAUGGUGCGCCACAAAAUCCUCUUCCCCGGCCGGGACUACAUCGACCAGUGGAACAAGGUGAUCGAGCAGCUGGGGACGCCCUCGCCCGAAUUCAUGAAGAAGCUGCAGCCCACGGUGCGGAACUACGUGGAGAACCGGCCAAAGUACGCGGGCCUCACCUUCCCCAAGCUCUUCCCCGACUGCCUGUUUCCCGCUGACUCCGAGCACAACAAACUCAAAGCGAGCCAGGCCAGAGACCUGCUGUCUAAGAUGCUGAUCAUCGACCCCGCCAAGCGGAUAUCGGUGGAUGAGGCCUUGCAGCACCCCUACAUCAACGUGUGGUACGAUCCAGCUGAGGUGGAGGCGGCCAGAGAUCUCAUCCAAAUAUCCAUGCCUCCACCUCAGAUCUACGACAAGCAGCUGGAUGAAAGAGAACACUCCAUUGAUGAGUGGAAAGAACUAAUUUACAAAGAGGUGAUGAACUUUGAGGAGAGAACGAAGAAUGGCGUUGUGAAGGGACAGCCUUCACCUUCAGGUGCAGCCGUGAACAGCAGCGAGAGCCUCCCUCCGUCCUCCUCUAUCAACGACAUCUCCUCCAUGUCCACUGAUCAGACCCUGGCCUCAGACACUGACAGCAGCCUGGAGACCUCUGCAGGACCCCUGGGGUGUUGCAGGUGACUAGCCGCCUGCCUGCGCAACCCCAUGUUCUUCCGAAGGUGAAGAACCCAAACGAAACGACCAACAGAAAACACACACGCGUAAAAAAAAAAUAACAAAAAUUAAUAUAUGUUAAAUCCAGAAACAUGAGAUAUGGAAACAAAGAAUCUGAGAUGAUGAAAUCUAAAGCCUGUGCAUUGUCAUUCAAAAAAACAGCAGUGAGCUGAGAUGUAUGUUAAUGAUCUUCUAGUUGCUUUGCUUAUAUUACCCUGAAUAUCUUGUAUAUGGCAUCCAAACAAAGUGACCAACUGCUUAGACUUGCAUCUCCUGUAAACGUGCAUAUUAGCUGGCUGCCGGUCUCCCAGUUCCCCCACCAAAGCACCCGUGCUCCCAUCAUUGUGGCAAGGUGGGCUGCGGCUCUGUGCAUCGCUACCGUACACGUUAUUCUCCAUCGUCCACGUACCGACACUUUCGCGUUUUGACCUCUCGGCUUUGUCUCGGACAUCAUCCCCGCUUCACACAUUCCCCGCUGUCGGGUUGCCUGAUUUGUGUGUGUCCUGUGGUUGCCCUGCGGGGCCGUGCGUCCCUGCAGGGCUUGUAAAUAGUGUAAUUCUGUACAGCUGAAGGGUUGGCGGAGUGGGACUGACGGCCAGUACACCGGGGCUUGUUUUGGGACCAGCUCACCUUGCCACAUCACCGCCUUCCACCUCAGUUGCCCCUGCCUAUUGCUGUAGUCCUGCAUGAUUAGAUUAAAAACGAUGCUAAUCUCACUAUAUGCUAAAAUGAGUCCGUACCGAGGCUUUUGUAUAUAUUAUGUAAACUAACUCGACUCCGGACGUGGGGGGUGUAGUCGCAGAAUAGGACGGGAGGGCGCGUGUGCGUGUACACGAACCACAGGCAAGUCGAGGGCAGAUUUGGGCCCCGUGCUGCACAGAGUUGCCUUUUAAAGAGGCCCAUGCGUGCGUAGUGUCCCUUCACGGCCCGACCGAUGUCGGCCGGUUUCCCAACCAGGAGAUGAGUCUGAUUGUUAGCUUAAAGGCAUGUGUUAACCUCGUAGCUAUGUACCGUACCACACACACCUGCACCAUCUCACCUCCUGACAGGAACUGGCUAGUGGCUAUUUAUUUCUUAGCUGGAAGAUGUAUUUAUUGACAUAUUUAUUUUGACAGGUCGGCCCUGAGUAUGGCAAGUGCCUUUUGGAAUGAAACAUUGCAGGUGCAGGAGUCAAUAUUAUUCUAAUUCUUUCGUUACUUGUUCUUUUACUGCUUCUUUUUCUGCCUUAAACGUCCCAAAGUCACCAACAUCUGGGUGGAAGCAGAGGAAAGGACUCCUUUUGGCUGAGUAGCAGCUUUCAUCGUACUGUAGGAUAAACCUGCUGAUGUCGGUUUCACAUUUCGGCCUCACACAUUGAAACCUAUUCACAACAUUAAGAAGCUGUUGAUUCACAGCCCUUUCACUGUGAUGCUGUUAGCAGGAUGCUGUUAGCAUGGAAGCCAUGACUUGUGUUGGGAGGUUGUUGCAUCCUUUGCGUCAACUCUAUCACUGUAAUCUCAGGCUAUAGCUACUUUGUUAAUGCUCGCAUUGCCUGUGGCUUGUGUACACUCAACCACACACACACACACACACACACACACACACACACACACACACACACACACACACACACACACACACACACACACACGCUACGAGGGUAACUGAGGGCGGCGUCUCCAGGACAAGCUACGGCUAGCAUGGCGUUGUGUUCAGGGUCUGGCCAGGGCAAUCUUCUGAAAAACAGGGUGCAACUUUGAAAUUCUUUGUGUUUAAAAAUGUUCUGAUGAAUUUCUCGUAGGGGUCAAAUGUUUGAAUCGGCUCCUGUCACAUAAAUACUCUCCUUGCAAUUUUUCUAUGGGGCAUUUUUAACCAUCCCAAUUCAACACUGUUCUGUUGGUACCUUUACUCAUUCUGGUCACUAUUAGAGUACAAACAACUGAAAUGCGUCCUUGGUCUUUCUUUUUCUGAAUGUGAAUCUUUGGAUCUUUUUUAUAAGACAUGCCAAUAAUUCUGUUGUAAUACAAAGGUACUUUCGGUUCUGAUGAACGCACCUGAAGUGCAGAUGGUUCUAACAGAACAGGAGAAGCUGGGUUGUCAACACUGAAUGUAGAAAUUCUGGCUACGCACAUACAGUAGUUGCUGCUCUGUUCAUCUGUGUAUGUGUGUGUGUGUGUGAGUGAGUGAGUGUGUGUGUGAUUUCAAAUUAACCAGCACUGAAAUGAAACUGGAAUAUUUGAUCUGGAAUCUGGGCUCAUUACUUUACCAUACUGCACAUGUCUUGAGGUUUUCUUUUCAUGCAGUGUCAUGUUCUUUCGUGGGACUGCUGUUAUGAAUGUUGAUCACAAUUUGGCUCCAAUAUGAAAGUUGUUGCAUCUUGUACUUAAACAAAACAAAUCUUUGGACUCAGUAUGUGUGAUCCCCAGCUUAUUGAUUUUCACCUAUUCCUCUUGAAUCCUAUUGUAAAUAAGAAAACUCCAACAAUGCAAUAAAGAACAUUUAUUGCACUCAGACAGGGAGGCAAGCUACUGCAAGGGUCAGGCAAUGCUAAUAUAUUUCGAGUCUUAAAUGUGGAUUGAAAUGUGGAUCUCUACAACAAUGAAACCAUCUGAAUCAGGUGAUGUUGUCCUUCAAUUCUUUUACGAUUCCUUUUCUCCUGUUUCUUUUACUCCGUGCUGUUUUGAUGAAUCAUUCUUUUGACAUUGUCAGGUUGGAGAAAAAAAAAAAAGAAA